ACUGGAGAAAGUUGCUUAUUAACUUUCGUCUCAAAACUUGAACGUGUGGCGCGAAAUUAUUUUUUGGUUUCGGCCGCACAGGAGAUGAAGGUACAGUACUCGAGAACUGUACCGCACUGUACUUGUACGGUACUGGUGCCGGCCAGCACCCCAGAAAGUAGGACAGGCAGAAGAGAUGUCCGGACUCGAACACUCGAGUAUCCAUUGCCCAGGAAAGUUGCCCAAGAACUGGGGUUAAUUGUUUCCAAGUAUCAGUCGAUUCUAUAACUGGUGCAUAUUUACCACCCUUGACUGAGUAGUGAGUUGUGAUACUUUGAAGGCUAUAGGUGGGAAUGGAGGGAUAAGUACCGUACCGCACGCUUUCUGCAUAUCAUUCCAUUUCAUUUCAUUUUUUUUAAAAAAAACUACAUUCCUGCGAAGAGUGACGGGAAUAUUCUGGAAGGGAGCGAUGAUUGGACUGGGAAGGAAGGGACGGAGGCGGGUAAAGUUGUGACACUGGGACGGUGCCAGCGUGUUUUUCCACCAGCCCCUCCACCUGUCCAAUCCGGUCACUCAAAACAAGACAAUCGGGAAAAAAAAGGAACGAAAAAAUAAGGGAGAAGCUCAAUUCCAAACGGCAGUGGAGUCAACUUGGACGAAUAAAAUUUCUUCAAUACCGGUUCUCCCUAGGAUCGCUGGAGGAUCGUUGUGUCACGCACGUCACCUCGCUCACCAGAAACAAUCCACUCGACGUCACUCAACGAGGUCGAGCAGCAACGGGAAAACUCACCCGCGAUUGAACUCACUUGACGAACAACUCUUCGAGUUUCUCCCCCGCCUCACUUCAACCUCCACCCCCAUCCUUUCUCUCCACCACUACCACCUCCUAUUUCACUUCCUCUUCUCUCCUGUGCCCCUUGUUACCACUCCUCUUCCGGUCUCUUGCUCUUGCUUGACUGCUUCCAUCUCCCACUAUUGUCUUUGCCUACCGGCAACUAUGAGCCACUUUAGUUAUAAACGCUACCCCGCGCCGGCCUCCUCCCGGCAGCCUCCCUACCCACCACAACAGCAAUACCCCGCACACAUACCGCAAUACGGUGCGCCGCCAUACGUUCCCCCGCCUCCACCACCCCCGCCUACACCGCCAUCACAAUUUCCCCAGUCACAGUUUCCUCCGCCUGGAACCCAAGGGGCCACCCACAACACGCAGAAGCGCGCCCCUUCAGUUUUCGAACGUCUUAAUCAUCGUCGAGGCCAAAGUGCAACAUCCCCGCCUCCCGUGCCACCAAAAAUUCUUGACCCUAAUAACCCUAGCCCCUAUCAGUAUCGUCAAUACCCUGCGCCACCAUCCUCGGUUUCAUCCUCUUCGUCUUCAAUUUCUUCAUCUUCAUCACGUUCCUCGCGACGUUAUGGGUCAUCGAGCUCUCCUAAUCUUGCCCAGCCGUACCUCGAUGGCUGCCCCGGUCGUUGUGGGGAUCGGUCACAGAGUUUAAACCUCAGGCUCCCGCCUCGCGGUUACAAGCCACCCUCUGUCGAAUCCGCUCCGCAGUCACCGCUUAGUCUUGAUACCCUCUCCCCAGAUUCUAAGCAUGUGCUUGAUGAAAAUGAAAGCUAUUUUCCAACCCUAGCUCCCGCCGUCCAGGCCAGACUACGGCAACAGCCAGUCCCACCAGGCUCUCCACCUCGGGAGGAGUCUCUGCCCCCGCAUACCAGAUUGCGUGGUGGAUUCCUUGAUGGGCGAUUUGAAAACGAACCCAGCACAGCGGAAUCCAGGUCCUGGAAAGAAUACCCCGUGCCCUUUUGCGAAGGAUCUGAUGAGGGUUCGGGCCCUGAUUCCCUAUUAGAGUCGGAGCAUGACACAGGGCCGGAGUCGUCUGUGUGUUCCUCACCAGGGGGUUCAAGACUUUAUACCCAGACCUCCCCAAAGACUCCACCUUCGGGCGGCCAAGAUUUUAGACGGUACCCCCAGACUUCUGGUCAUCCCGAGCCGGUCGCAACUCCGAGGGAAAGAAGGUCCUAUCCCUGGAGAGCGCCAACUGACUCACUACCUCGGCAGAGAGAAUCACAGCCAUACAGACAUUCUCCAGGCCCUCGGAUUGGCUAUCAACCUCCGCCAAUUCAGCCGCCACCUCCACUGCAAGCUCGGCAGAGCCCUCAGCUACGAUAUCAACCAUCACCGCCUUUCCCGGCUGCGACACAUGCCACACCUCCCCGACAACUCCCCCCGCAGCAGGUACGGCGUGAUUUGCUACCGCCACCUCCGCGAGAACCCCUCCCCAUGUGUCCUAAGAGGACCCCCGUAUCCUGGGGGCAAUGGUUUCAGAUGUUAUCAGUUCCAAAUUUUGAUGUGUGUGCAAAUUGUUAUUACACUCAUAUAUAUCCUACGCUCUUUGCGGAACACUUCCACCGUAUCGAAAAGGCCCCAAAUGUCGAGGCGUCUUGCGCUUUCAGUACGGAGCGUGUACUUCAUAGGAUAUGGCCCAAUGCCCUUGAGAGGGGAGUUCUGAAUGGCCUCCGGGACUAUGCUCUUAUGAGGGCAAAUAUCCCUGAAUGCAGGACUGUCUCUGGGGACCCAGUAAACGGGUUAUCAUCGAGGUGGUGGAGGGUGAUCGACGGAUCUAUGCCAAGGUUCCGGUGCUGCGAUGCUUGUUACCAAGAUAUGGUAAUGGCUACAGGAUUUUCUUCUUACUUCGCUCCAGCAAACCCUCAACCAGAGGAGGAGGCUUGGGUCUGCGAUCUCUCUUUUCCAUUCAUCUCGGGAGGUAUGCUUUCGGUGUCGAAUUACCAGGAUAAUAUCAGGAAGGAUCAAUGGGAUGAUUUUGUUAGCGUGGUGAGGUUCCGCCACGACGUCCCGCCAUGCCCGGGGCCCUCCAUGGUGAAGAGUGGGGAACGAAAGUGGUACAUUCCAAAGAGACCUAUACCCGGUUUGGCUGUCUGCGAGGCCUGUUAUUGUGACAAUGUUAUUCCGCACUUCGAGGAUAAGUUCACUGAGGCAGUCGCUUCUCCCCAACAGACUUUAACGUGCGGUAUGGCUGUCUUGGCUAUCAAGAUGCCAUGGGAUAGCGCAGUUCAAAAAGGCUCAUUCGAAGUCUGGUGGGAAGCCGUGUACGCACUGAUGACGCUUCCCCAGUGUUCUGAGAAAGGGUUCACGGACCAGGUCGCGCGGGAUUGGUAUAGCUUGCGUCACCAACACGAGAAUCUUGAAAAUUUCAAAUGUUGUCGGUCUUGUUACGUUAGUAUUCUCCGGCCACUAGACCUGGCGCGUUAUUUCGACCCGAUUCGUUUCCCACUUCAAAACCCGACUUCUACUCGUGCAUGCAGUUUAGCGCCGGAUGGCCCACGAUAUGGUGCUUAUAUGAAGAAACUCGGGGAGGCUUCGAACCGCCGAAGAUUCGACAUAUUCCUUUCCUACGUUAUCCCUCGUGCCAAUAUCCCUCCUUGUCGCCCAAAAAGUUUCUUGGCACGGAUGAAGUGGUAUGGCACGGAUGAGUUCGUUGCUUGUGAGGAAUGUUACUUCGAGUACGUACGAGAUAGCCCCUUGAACAGUCAGUUGACGGUACACGCUCGCUACUCGCCCGAACCCCAAGCUUGCGACCUGUAUUCUCCUCGGAUGAAACAUAUAUGGGAAGAAGCAUGUGCAAAACGCGAUAUCAAAUACUUUGCUCGGGCAGCCAUUCAGAGAGAAGAAAUAUACUGUGAAGUUCUAGAACGCUCAAAGGAAAUCAACGAGGAGAUUGCGGCGAGGCAAGCGGGUGCGGGCCGCCUGACACUCGAUUCUGCAGGCAGCGGGGGUGAUGAAGGCUACAGAUAUGGGCGGCACGGCUCGGGGGCUAGCAUUAUGGAUGCGGAAUCUGCAGAAUUGUAUAAGGAGUUAGAAGCUUUGCAAAGGAGAUGGAAAUCCGUCGAGUGAUGAUGAAUGGCUUUGCACGUUGUUUUAUUUAUCUUGUUUGGCGUUUUGAUCAUUCCAUUUUAUAUACCCCGUCCUCUUGCGUUUUCAUUCUUCCAUCUUUGAAAAUAGCGUUCCUUGUCUGGCUUUUGGUGUUUGGUGCAUGUACUGCUAGGUCAACGGAGCAGUGGAGGACUUUUUCGGUUUUCAUUUGGCUAUGGCCGGCUUUGUUUACUAUUCAAAGCCUCUAUGAUGCAUAUUUGGCAUUUUCUCCGUUAUCAUGGAGACCCCAAAGCAAGCGCUCAGUGUACAAAAAUAGGAGGGCGAGGGGGGAAAUAUCAUAACGAAAAUAUGUUAUUAGUGAAUUCAAAU